ACCACGUAGCAGUUAUAGCUUAACCGUUCGACACGUGUUAUCCACGUGCUCGCUUUCUAGAACCGCCGCCGCUCCUCUUUUAAACCUCCGCCACCGCCACGGCCACCGCCACUUCCGCUAUCAAAUUUAUCCGCGACUUUUCAAAUCCAAAACCCAAAUCGUACAAAUAAAAAUUUGCCGAAAAUGGCACCGAAGAGGCGGCCGGGCAGGGCGGUGGUGACUGCGAAGAAAGUGGUGAAGGAGACCGUGGAAGUGGUGGUCACCCGGCCGCCGGCGGCGGGAGGCGGCGAGAGAGUGAAACUGGUUUCCUCUUCCCGAACCGCGAACGAGAAUGUGGAGGUCGUCACCUCCUCCCUCACCGACGAGAACAACCAAGACGACGACGAGACGCAGCCUUACGAGCCGGAAACCGCCCCCGCUCCGCCGCCGCAGGAGGCGGGGAUGAGAGGGACGCGGAAGAGGAAAGCGGCUGAAGACGGCGGCGCGAAGAAGCGCGCGAGGAGGAGACUCGGCGGCGGCGGCGUGGAAGGGUACAAGAGGUAUCUUUUCAAGGUGAUGAAGCAGGUGCACCCGGAGAUGGGGAUCUCCGGCAAGGCCAUGACGAUCGUGAACAACUUGAUGGUGGACAUGUUCGAGCGGAUAGCGGAGGAGGCGGCGCGGCUGCAGAAGUAUACGGGGCGGCGGACGCUGUCGGCAAGGGAGAUCCAGGGCGCCGUCAAGCUGGUGCUGCCGGGGGAGUUGGGGAAGCAUGCUGUUGCUGAGGGCACAAAGGCUGUCACUAACUACAUUUCGUAUACUACUGCUAGAUGAAUACAAUGUCUCAUUUAACACUAUGUUUGAGCUUGAGGUUUUUAUGUGUUUUUUUAGGGCUUUGGAUUUAACUU